CCCACGCGACGCGAAAUAAUCCGACGCUAUACUACUUGCGACAUUAUUGAUAAUGUCAUGCUGACAGAGGUUUCAUCGUCUCUUCGCACGAUUGCUUUCAUGACUGGCCUGAGUCUCGAGUAAAUUGACCUCGAUCGAUAAAAACCUUAGCAGGAAUUCACCUGUGCCAUUGUGUGUAGUCUCGCGAAGUCCAUUCGCGCGCGCGCGCGCGCGAUCGCUCGUUUAUGGAUCCCAUGAAAUUCGAGAAAGAUAUCGAUUGGGCGAUGCGAUCCACGCGCCUACUGCUGUCGCCGUUGGGCCUUUGGCCCACGAAAUCCAAGGUUUAUCGAAAGUUGGUGCGACCCGUCGCGCUCGCGUUAUGCCUCUUCGCCAUGCUCUUCGUGACGAUUCCAUUGUGUCUGUUCGUGAUCUUGGUCGCGAAGGACUUGAAAAUACGCUUAAAGUUGAUCGGCUCUCUGAGCUUCGGACUGAUGAGCUUGUGUAAAUACGCGGUGAUGAUUUACAAAGAGGGCACGAUGGCCGAAUGCAUCUGCAGCAUGUCGCUUGACUGGCGGGCGUUGCGAGACGCCGCCGAGUAUAAAAUCAUGACGAGCAACGCGAAAACUGGCCGACUGCUCGUCGUUGCAUGCGUGAUUUUCGUGUACGGUGGCGGUAUGCCUUGCGUGGCCGUGCUACCUCUCUUCGAGCGAUCUACUCUACUUGUCAAUGAGAGCCUCAGACCGCUCCCGUAUCCCAGCUACUUUGUGCUUUUCGAUCCGCAGGAUUACGAAAACAGAGAGACAGUCGCUUCGAUAACGUACUCGCUCCUUUUGGUUUCGUGUGUACUCAACAUUUUCAUGCUGUGCUACGUCGGCGAAAUUUUAACUGAGCAGUGCGAGAGUAUAGGAUAUGCGGCGUACGUGACAGACUGGUACCGGCUCCCGCGGAGGCAGGCGAAGAAUCUAGUUCUAUUGAUUGCCACAACGCAAUGCCCAGUAUACCUGACGGCGGGAAAGAUGUUUAACCUUUCGAUACUGAGCUUUUCCAAUCUCAUCAAAGCGGCAGCAAGUUAUCUUGAAAUUUUAAGAACCGUAAUCACUGUUCUAAUUUAACGGAUCGACAGAUUCAGUCAAAUUUGUGGAUUUAAUCGAUUCAUUAGACUUAAUUU